AUGAAAUAUCAUAGAUUUGCAUUUAUUAUGUUACUGAUAGAUUUCACCUGUGGUUAUAUAACAUAUGAUACUGGAUUUGCUACAUAAUACAAUUGGGAAAAUGGAUUCCUAGGAAAUCCUAAUACAAAUUAUAUAAAAGAAUUUAUAUUUUCAGGAACAUUUGAAAGACCACCAUAGGUUUCAAUAGUCAUCUAUAAAUAUAACUAUGACUAUUAUUAACCUAAUGGAUAUGAUAUCUAAGUAACUGAAAUAACUACAAGCAGUAAAUAUCAAUAUAAUAUUUAGAGUUUAAAGUUUAACUCAGAUGUUUAUAUUAGCAUAGAGUUUGGGAUACUCCUUUUAAUUGGUAUGCAUAUGAUGAUAGAAGAAUUUAAGUCAUCAGUGUAGUAAAUUACGAUAUAUAACAAUCUAGUGCAACUUUUUCUACUUAAAUCACUCAUCCUCAUUUUAAUCCUAACUUUUCAAAAGGAUUCAUCCAUUUGACAUCUUUUUGUUACAAAGGACCAAUCGAUUUUUAAAUAUCUGUAUCAUUUUAAAUCAUUGUAGAUUGUAAGUAUCAAUUUUUAAGAUGUUGUCAUUGAAAUCAAGUCAAAUAAUUUAAACUUAAUUAAACUAGGUUAUUAAAUAUUUCUUGCAAUUCCUGAUGCUUUCGAUGUAGAUGAUUAAAUAGUGUUUAAUGGAGACUUAUACACUAGCCCUACAUUUGUAUAUCCAAAUGAUAAAGAUUGGACUAUUGGCUUAUAAGGAUUAAAAUGGGGAUAAACUAUAAAUAUUAGAGUUAAAAGAAUACCAUAUUCAAAUUACUAUACUUAUGGCAAAUGUAGGCUUUUUAUCAAUUAUUUUAGGGGAUGCUUAUGGAAAUAAUGUUUAAACAUUGAGAUUUACCAAUGCUUAUUUUCAUAGAACUAUUUCAAAAGUUUAUUUGCCAUGGAUUAUUAAAACUGUGAGAAUAAGUCAAACAGAGUAUUAUUCAAUUUAACCAUAACCUGUAUUUUAAUUAGUCAUCACUGAACUUAAUAAGGUUUAUUCUACUCCUACAACUGAAAAACUUUUUGUAUCAUAAAUAUCUGAACUUCAUGUUAUCAUUUAAUAUUAAUGUGAUGCCCUAAAGAAAAAACUAUAGACAUAAAUUUUUAUUUGUAAUUCAUGCAGCUUAAAAAAAUAAUACAAUUAUUGCUUAAACAGUGCCAAUAUUAUUACAUUUUAUCCUUUAUUAAAGUCUUAGAUGACUGCAGUUGGGGUAUUUACUAUAUCAUUUUCUUAUGAUGCUAUUACUAUUAUCUCGACAAUUUAAAAUUAGAUAGAGCAAACAUAAUUGAUAUUAGCAAUAUAAGUUUAGAGUCAUUGA